AACUCCUCCCCUCCCCCAAAGCUUCCCUCUCAUAGCCUAAAGGAACAAACUGGUAAGAAGUCAUUCAGAAUCCAUGUCGGGUUAUAACAAGGAGAGACCAAGAACAAUCCGGCUUUUCUGCCCUUCAGUAUCCAAGCUAGUUCGGUUCGUGGCAUGUGAUAGCCACAAACUGGACGUCGGCUCCAUAUCUCGAUUGUUCGGCCUAGACCCAUCAACGGUAAAGCUCAACGGCCACUUUAUAAGCCGAGGGGUUGAUCUCGUUUCUUCUUCUGUUACUUGGAGGUCACUGCUUUCUUUCUUCUCUUCUAAGGGCUUGUCAACUGGGACUGAUGGUGAUCAUAAGAGAGCUCUCAUUGUUGAUGGCAAGCUUUGCAAAGUUGGGAUUAAGAGAGCACAUGAACCUCAAGAUGAUGUUAAUUUGAGUGGAGAUUCAGCUGGGAAUCCUGGAAUAAACGAUGCUGGAAUUACUGCAAAGCGACACCUGAAAGAUAUUUGCUCGGUUGAAAACAAAAGGUUAAGGGAAAGCAGGUCAGCAGGAUCCCAUGAUGGAGGUGAAUGCAGUAAUGGGAUUGGCUUCAAGAGAAAGAGUUCCAUGGAGAAUCACAGCUUGCUCAAGAAAUUAAAGAUUAAUGAGACAAACUCAGAAUUAAAAGGGAAAGGAAACAAUAAAGUUAGCCCUGUUUACAGCACGCCUUUUAAAUGCAGUUAUUUGAGUGGCAACAUGAAGAGGGGGAGGGAAGAUGAAAUGAUUGCAGGUGUACCUAGCAAGAGGAUCAGCUCUGGUUGAUUCUUUUAUGUAACUUGGGGGGUUUGAUUCUUGUAAGUUAUUUUGUGGAAAAAGAUUGUUGAUUACAUGCCCAAUUUGGUGUAAAUGGGAAAGUGCUCAAAAGUUUUA